GAAUUUGCUUUACGCGCUGGGGGCGGGGCAUGAGUUGAAGGCGCUUUGAGUGUCCCUGGAGCGUCUGCUGGGGCGGGCGGCGGACGCGCUCCGGGUGCCGGCUGGCCGCGGGCGGGCGGGAUGUAUCACAGCAGCACGCAGAGGCGGCACUGGACCUUCCGCAGCGAGGAGGAGCUGACCCGCUGCCGGGCCGACGCCAACCGCAAGUUCUGCUGCAAAGCGGUGGCCUGCGGAAAGGCUCGACAGAGCGACUCGCUGCUUCUGGAGCCCCGGGAGGAGCUGGCGAUCUGUAAAUAUUAUGAGAGGAAACUGCUGGAUUUCUGCUCCGUGUUCAAACCUGCCAUGCCCAGAUCCGUGGUGGGAACAGCUACUAUGUACUUCAAACGUUUUUACCUCAAUAACUCAGUGAUGGAGUAUCACCCUCGAAUAAUAAUGUUAACAUGUGCAUUCUUGGCAUGUAAAGUAGAUGAAUUUAAUGUGUCCAGUGCGCAGUUUGUUGGUAACCUUCGAGAGAACCCUCCAGGUCAGGAGAAGGCUCUUGAACAGAUCUUGGAAUAUGAAUUACUACUUAUUCAGCAGCUGAACUUCCAUCUUAUAGUGCACAACCCUUAUAGACCGUUUGAGGGAUUUUUAAUUGAUUUGAAGACUCGUUAUCCAUUGCUGGAGAAUCCUGAGAUCUUGAGGAAAACAGCUGAUGACUUUCUCACCCGAGUAGCUCUGACAGAUGCCUACCUUCUGUUUACACCUUCACAAAUAGCUCUCACUGCCAUCUUAUCUAGUGCUUCCAGGGCAGGAAUUAAUAUGGAAAGCUAUUUAUCUGAGUGUCUUGCGCUGAAAGAAAACAGAACAUCUCUGUCCCAGUUACUAGAUGGAAUGAAAUGCAUGAAAAAUCUCAUAAAGAAGUAUGAAACACCACGGCCUGAGGAGGUUGCCAUUCUAAAGCAGAAGUUAGAGAAAUGUCACAGCUCAGAACUUGCUCUUAAUGUAAACGUAAAGAAGAGGAAGGGCUAUGAAGAUGAUGAAUAUAUUACAAAGAAAUCUAAAAUGGAUGAGACAUUGCCAAGGCAUGAGGAUGCAGGUUCUCUGGGAAGAACUCUCCAUUAUUAAGUUGGUGGAAGGACCCUUUCCAGGAAGAAUGGACUGAUGAUGAUCUUGUAGAUUCACUGUAAUUUUAAAGGAAGAUGGCACCUGGCGGAACUUUGGGAACUACUUGUUAUCCACGUCCUGCAUCAUGUUGGAUUCUCAUUUGUAAAAACUUUCUCUAGCUAACAACUUAUAGCAGGUUCCCAGUUUGUCAUGGGAUACAGAAGAACUGCCUCUUUAUAAUAAAUUGGUUUGUAUUUUUAUUUAAA